UAGGCCUAGGUGUAUAUCCAUUAUCGUCACCUCCUCAAAACUGGGAGUUUCAGCGAUUAAAAUGAUGGUCCUACAGUCAGUUCCAGAUGGUUUUGGGGAAGCUGUGACCUAUCUCAAUUCCAUGCCACAGGAUGUAGUCGCUGAAGUAUGUCAGGAGGUUCUAGCAUUCCUCAGCUACAAGAAAGGAAGCUUAGAGGUUGCUCCUUUCAUAGCAAAAUUGGAAGCAGCAGGAGUGGAGGCGAGUAUUGAGUCUGUGAGAGGUUCUGCAAAUGCGUUAUCAUACUUGUUCAGGUCAGCAGCAAAGGCUAAAAUCUCAGCUGAUGAGCUUAGCAAAGAACUGAGCAGCAGUCUCGCUUGGUCAGACUCCAACAUUGCUGUUAUAAAGCACAUAUGGAACCAGCAGGGCAGAACGUUGAUGUCUCCAGAGUUGGCCGACUAUGUCCUCGGUGUCGGCAAGUUGGUGGAUCUUAAAUGGAAGCUGGGCGUGGCUAUGAGCUCCAACAACUGUCGAAACCUCAACUCUCCAUUCGUAACCAUCAGUCUAAAGGUCGCCGACCCCUCAGGCCAGGUUCAAGAAAGGUCAUUUGAAAUGACAGUGCCACAAUUUAGGAAUUUUUCCAAGCAGCUAAAGGCUAUGGCAGCGGUACUUGAGACAGUAUGAGAGGAACGUGUUUGAUGAUACAACCCUGCGGUGCUAUGUUGGGAGAGGAGAGAAAGGAGAGAAAAGACAGAGAGACAGAGAAGUGGGAGGAGAGUGUACAAUUGGAAGAAAACAGGAGUGUACAUGUACCUAUGUGCAAACAAAUUCCAUAUCCAUACAUGUAUAUUCAUAUGAAUUCAACAGAAACUACAUUUAGAAGAAAAAUUAAAAAUGGACCUACAAAUGAUGUAAAUAAUAUUUUUAUAUUUUGAUGAAUUCAAAAGCCAGUAUCACAGAAAGAAUGUAUGGUUUGUAUUGAUAUGUUGUUCUUAGGUGUGCAAUGUAGGUGCUUUCUAUCAUCAAAUAUUCCUGAUUUAAUAAAGCUUUUAGUGGCCUGACCAACACAAUUGUGACCUCUCCAGACUAAACUUGAUUUACAUAAUAGUACUGAAUGUAGUGUCAUGUUUAAAAAUGCCUGGUAACACAAAAGAUAGUGUAGGUAGUGUAGGUAGUAUUUAGCCUUAUGGAGGUAGUAGAUGCCAGGCAUAUCUCAACUCCAGAUUCUAACAUUAACAUUCUAUCUCUAUAUGCAAUAGAAUUCUGACUUUCAAGUCGUGCCUGACUAAAUUUUGCUAAGUCACCUAAUAAAUCCAAUGCGUUUGCUCCUGUAUCGUCACAACUGAUUUAAAUUUGUGUGGAUGAAGAAACUCAUUCCACUCUAUGUGAUUAGCUUCAAUGUAUGUUUAUGUUAUGAUAGUUACAUUUUACGUUAUAUAUACACCUUUUAUAAAAGUAUAUAACUUUGUUUACCAUUGUUAGUGCGCAUGGGACAUGCUAAUAUUAGACUUGCUAGACUUCACCAUUGCCAAAAUAAAAAUACUUGUUGAUCAGUGAAUAUUAUAUUUUCUUUGAAAUUUCAGUGAUGAGAAAAUGAAUAAGUAGGCAAAUGGUGCUUUACCAAAUUUCUAACAAAUCGAUACAUUUUAUUUCAUAGAACAACUUAUUCUGAUAUGCUUUCAGUACUCCAUGUAUCGAUCAACCAGUAGAUAUUUCUGCCUUUCCAUUGAAUUUGUGUAAAAUCCAAUUUGUAAUCUGUAUACAUGUACAAUCUCUUUGCAUCGUGUUUUCUAAGUCAUUAAUGUCAUAUUUUGUCAGUCCUAGAAUGAAAAUGUCAGCUGGAUCACUUGCUUUUCACAUCAUGUAUUCACUCAACUUCACCUGAAAUUUUCAUUGGUUCUCCCUUACAUUGCAUAAUGUGAUUACUUUCAGCACCUGCACAGAUUAUAAGGCACGUCAACCUUGCGACUCAUUUCUAAAAUGAACUUAUUUGAUACAAUUUAAAGUUUUAUACGUGUACAUUAUAUAUGUAAAUAAAGUGAUGAAAUCCUUA